GGUCCGACUACCGUCAUGGCUCUGCUCUCCGAGGGCUUGGACGAUCUUCCCACCGCCUGCCUGUCGCCGUGCGGGCCGCCCAACCUCGCCGAGCUGUACAGCGAGGCGCAGCGCCUGGCGCUCGAGGAGCUGGUGGCGGGCGGCCCCGAUGCCUUCGCGGCCUUCCUACGACGCGAGCGCCUGGGUAGUUUCCUCAACCCCGACGAGGUGCGCUCCAUUCUGCUCACGGCUGAGCGUCCCCGCGAGGAGGGCGCGGCGGGGGGAACUGAGGACUCCUUCGCCUCGUCGCACGACUGCUCGUCCGGCACCUACUUCCCCGAACAGUCGGACCUGGAGCCGCCGAUGCUGGAGCUCGGCUGGCCGGCCUUCUACCAGGGCGCCUACCGCGGCGCCACGCGCGUCGAGGCUCACUUCCAGCCCCGCGGCGCGGGCGCCAGCGGCCCCUAUGGCUGCAAGGACGCGCUGCGCCAGCAACUCCGCUCCGCGCGAGAGGUGAUUGCGGUGGUGAUGGAUGUUUUCACAGACAUUGACAUCUUCAGAGACCUGCAGGAAAUAUGUCGGAAAAAGAGAGUUGCUGUAUACAUCCUUCUGGACCAGGCUCUGCUCUCUCAGUUCUUGGAUAUGUGUGUGGAUCUGAAAGUUCAUCCGGAACAGGAAAAGCUGAUGACAGUUCGGACUAUUACAGGAAAUACCUACUAUGCGAGGUCGGGAACUAAAAUUGUUGGGAAGGUUCAUGAAAAGUUCACAUUGAUUGAUGGCAUUCGCGUGGCCACAGGCUCCUACAGUUUUACAUGGACAGAUGGCAAAUUAAAUAGCAGUAACUUGGUCAUUCUGUCCGGUCAAGUGGUUGAACACUUCGAUCUGGAGUUCCGAAUCCUAUAUGCGCAAUCGAAGCCCAUCAGCUCCAAACUCCUGUCCGGCUUCCCGGUCAGCGGCAAGUUUGACCAUCUAGUUGACCGGAAGCCACUGUCCAAGGAGCUCACGUUGGGCAAUCUGCUGCGGCUGCGGCUCGCCAGGCUUUCAAGCACCCCCAAGAAGGCUGAGCUGGAGUGUGGGGCGCCCGCUAAGGGCAGGGCAGAGUCCUCCACCUUCAAUGAAGAAGACUACUUCCACAGCUUUAGGGACAAAGCAGAGGAUGGAAAGAUGACCGAUGCCGCCACUCAGACGGAGCCAGGCGGGGAGAUGCGAGCCGUGAGCAUGAGUGACUCGGGGACACAAACCAGGACUGCCACAGCCAGCGCUGGGACCCAAACCGCAGUCGCCAGCAGGGCAGCAAGUUCCCAAACCGUGGUUCAGUCCAUGUCGGCCACCACCCAGACUGACGGGGGCGAGAGUGUUCUCUUCUCUCAGGGAACCCAGUCUAAAGAAGGCUCGCCAGUAUCCAGGAUGUCUGUGUCGAGAUCUUCCAGUUUGAAGUCUUCCUCCUCUCUGUCUUCUCAAGGCUCCGUGGCAAGCUCCAUCGGCUCCCUGACCUCCAUCAGAGUCACCGACUUCAUCCUCCCUGGACACGCCAAGUACUGGAGCGCUCCCCACUUUGACUCACUCAGAAACUUGAAUAAAGAGCGGCAGUUUCACGUGUCUGGUGUCAGGUCCCGGCUCAACCAUCUGCUGGCCAUGGUGUCAAGGAGAACAUUUCUUACUGAAAACUACCUCGGAUUUAAUUCUGGAAAUGCCACCAGAGCCCCUGGUAAUACGCUGACUAUCAGAGAUAUCACACUUUACCCCUCCUGCCAGUGACUGCUCAGGGUCCAGAGCUGCCGGGGUUCAUCCAGCCUCGGAGGAGACAUCACCAGAUCGUACUGCUUUACAAAAGGGCUCCUGUCCCUAUGUUUUCCUUUCACCUGACUUUCAGUCACCCUGAUUUUCUUCGAAUUCUGUAAACUGCAUAUUAUUUUACGUGCUUUUAUUUUAUUUGUGUCAUGUACAAACCAGGUACUGGUUUUAUGGUUUAAACACUAUGGGUACAGUUUCUUUGCACAAGUUUAAUAUUGAUGUCUCUUAAAAGUGAAUGGUUAGGGUUCUCGGGUUAAUUCAGGUAAGAGAUAAAAUAUGUUUUGCAUUUUUCUAGAUUUGUGUGCUCUUCUGUUUUAGAGGUUUAAAUCACUAGUUUUUAUGAUCGAAGAAACUGUUUCUUAAUUGUCUGUCUAUUCUUUAGGGUAUCCGUGUUCUUAGCAUAAACAACUUUUAUUUGUGUGCUUUUCUGUUUUAGAGUUUUAAAUCACUAGUUUUUAUGAUCGAAUAAACUGUUUCUUAAUUGUCUAUCUCUUCUUUAGGGUAUCCGUGUUCUUAGCAUAAACAACUUUUAUUUGGUGAUUGCUCGAGUCCCUUUUUCUUUUGUUUUCUGGCAUUUUUCUCUUUAACUCUAGGAGUGUGUCACAAGUAAUGCAUCUAAUAGCUAUUUAUGCAAUUGUUUUUAAGUAGUGUUGGGUGGGUGGAGAAGAAGAUGAUCCAAAUUGUAAAAGAGAAAAAUAUUCCCUUAAAAGUUAGAAGACAAAGGAAGUGUCUGCGUAAUCCCUUCAUCAGCAGUAUGAAUAUUGGUGUUACUCUCUCUAUAGCUUGAAUGAGGAAACUUGCACCUCUAGCUUGCCUUUUCUCAAAGAAUAAACUUGAGCUAUUUAGACAAGGACCUUGGUUCCUUGCUUCUCUGCCAAAGAAGGCCUUUGUGUGCAUUCCUGGAUUUAUCCCUGAUAUUAACUCUGGUGACCCCAUGGACCUAAUUUCAUCAGAUGGGUGUAUUGACAAUGAUUUAGCAAUCUAAUAUCCUGGAGCAGGGGCAAAGAGGACACUGACAAUUAUCCCACAUUCCUGGCCCAUUGGCAACUGGUGUCUACACCCUGCUCAUCAGGGUUGGUAUGGCUGUGGAAUCCUGUUUUUGUCUGGUCUCAUCUGCAUGGACAGACAAAAGGAAGACAGUUCAAUGAUGGCUUCCUCCCUCUGAUCUGGCUGGAGCAAAAGAGGUCUGUAAUAGGGGAGGGUGUUGUCUGUCACGUAGACACAUGAGCAUCCCUGCGGGUUUUAACACAUGCAUCAGGACUCCCUUGUGGUCAACAGGUUAUUUGCGGGGUUAGUAUUAUAAUCUGGGCUGUGAGGCCGCCCCGACAACUGGUUCACAUCUGGUUGUGAACAACUCUGGCCUACGCCUUGAAGAAAUAUGUGAUUUAAAACCAUUUACAGAUCUGGAUAAUUUCCUCUGGGUUAUCUUUGACCCUCACAACCGGGAAGUGGUUUGAAAGCUGUGAUUCCCAAUUUUCAGGUGAAGAAACUGAAGCUCAGGUUAAGUAGCAUAUUCGCGGUCACAUGGCUGGUAAAUGGUGACACAAGCAUUUAAACACAGGUUUUCAGAUUCUAAGUCCAAUCCUCUGCUAUACCACUGUUUCUUUACAGGGAGUAUGGAGGCAUUAGAGGCUGUACCUUGAGAAAUGGCAGUAAAUGCAAUGGUGAAUUGAAAUGAAUGAGAUUAAAUGGUGAAUUUAACCUCAUGAACAAAUACAGGUACAUGUGAAAUUUCAACUCACUGUUCGAUGGAACUAUUCAUAGGCAUUCAUAAAACCGAUUCUGUGUUUGGUUUGGGAAAUGAUGGAUCAAAUAAAUGUAAAUAGGAUUCUUUACUGCAGGACUACUCAGACUUCAAUGAGGUCAUGAUCACAUUGAUUUUCUCAGCGGAGGGCAGGUAGGUGGCCUAUCACAAGCUUACCUGACCACAGAGUCCUCUGUUCGUGGAGCAGGACUCAGUAUUCUCUGCGAGUGUUGUUGGCGAUGAGAAAUGAGAACAAGAAGUAUGUGGAAUCCUAAGAAAAUGACCCAGUCUUUCAGAAUAAGCAAAGCUUUUCUGCCACUCCCCUGGAGAGUAUCACUAUAGAGCAGAGUUUCUCAAGGUGACAUCUGAGAACCACCUGCAGCAGAGUCAGCUGGGUCCUUGUUUAAAAUGUUGAUGAUUGGCCCCACUCCCAGGGGAGGGCGAGGGUGGGUGUGGCCGACUAUUUGGUUCAAAAAUAUUUGUUGUUGCCACUCCCUAGAAGAGAAUUAUAUUUCCUUAUCUGUCUAAUGUCAGACUUGGCCAUUACAGAAGAGGCUGGAAAUAUGUCAGUAUAUAUCUAAAAGAUAAAAGCUCACUUUUUAACAUAACCACACUACCCUGGUCACACCUAAACAACGUUGAU